AUGACGACUUCGGCGGGUGCGGCGACGACUUCGGCGGGUGCGGCGACGACUCCGCCGGGCGAUCCCCUCAGGGAAUUCGAGACGGAUCCCGUUCUGGAGCCGUUCCUAGCCGACGACUUCGACGCCGUCACGUACGCCAGCGAGUCGCUCACAGCGAGAACAUCAAAGACAGUUCUGCCGGCGCUGGACGCCGGGAUCAAGUCCCUAAACGCGGCGCUGCGGGGGACGGUUACCUCGCACUACGAUGAACUCCUCCAGCAACUUGGCGGUAUUGACGAGAGCGAGCGCGUCCUGGAGAUCGUCAGGGACGGAGUCCACAAUCUUCAGCGAUCCAUGGGCAAGGUUCGAGUCGAGAUCGUCGAGCCCCACGAGGUGGUCGCGGCGAAGACGAAGCAGCUCGAGAACCUGACGAGGACGGUCGAGACGCUGCAUCGCGUCAUCAGAACCUUGAAGCUCACCGGCAGGCUCAAAGACAGUCUCGGAGCUUCGGGUGGUGACGACGCGGAGGGCGGCGCUGCUGUUCCCCACUCCGCAACAUCGGGCGAUCUGGCCAAGGCUGCGAAGAUGCUCGCCGACGCCUCCGAGCUCGAGCGGGAGGGUGUCGUCGAGGACCAAGAGGCAUCGGCCCUCGCAGGUAUCGAGGUGAUUGACCGCGACGCCAGAUGGCUGGAGCGAGCGGGCAAGGACGUCAGGUCACGAGCGACGCAGGCUCUGAACGCGGGAAUGGACGCGACGAGCCAAGCUGAGGUUGGCGCGGCGCUGCAGGUUUUCCACAACCUGGGCGAGCUCGAUCGGGCGACCGACGCGGUCAUCGCUCGGCUAGCUAACGACGCGGUUGACGUGUUCCGAGAGGCGCUCGACCCGAGGGAGCUGGCGAGGGCGAUGGGUGGAGGCGUCAGCGCGAGCGAGCGCGCUGGAGGAGUGGGUGUGGGUGGAGGUCGCGGCAUUUGGCCGCCUGCUGGGCAGGAGCACAGAUGGGCGGAGGCGCUCUGGCAGCGUCUCGGCGCCGCGUGCGAGCGCGCAAAGGCUGCCGGCAUGGGAGCAUGGCACCUUCAGCGUGUCCUCGCGAAGAAACGCGACCCCAUCUCGCACGCGCUCUUCCUGGACGAGGUGAUCGCCGCGAGGAAGAAUCUUUGGCGCGAGAAGGUGGCGCAGAGCACGGAAGCCGAAGCCGCCGCGAGUAACCCGGAAGAUGCCAUUUCACUCCCGUGCGAGCGUUUCGUUUGGCAGCUGAGCAAGGGGGCGGGGGAGGCUUUCGGACGCGCGCACGCCGCCGCGGGCUUCGCGCGGGAUACUCUGCUGAAGGGUUUCCCGAGACUCGUCACGCUCAUCGAGGGUCUUCACGAGGGUCUCGCCAAGGAGAGCGGCGCGGCGGCAACCGCCGCGAAGGGCGGGGUUCCCCCCGCCGUGCGAAAGGACGGCUCGGACCUCACCGUGUUGCUCCACGCGUGCGAUGCGGUGUCCAACGCAUAUCUCGCACGCUCGUUCCAGAGGCUCAGCGAGCCCGUCAACGCGUUGCUGUCCCCGUCGGCGCUCCAGUCGCUACAAGGUAUCGCGUCUGGCCAAAUAUCGGCGAGCGGCACGGUUGGUACCCGCGCCGCCGCCGAGGACGUGCGACGUUUCCUUCUCCGCGUCAGGGAGGAGCUGGACGCGGUUGCCCGCCACCCGACUCUCGUCACGCAGGUAACCGCGGGCGCCGUCGCGAAGGCGCUGCGGCUGAUGGCACAAAAGGCUGAGAUUGGUGUCGUGGACGGCGCCGAGGCUCGCGUUUUUGUCGUCGGAACCGCGCAGACCCCGGCGCAAGCUAAGAAUGCAGCUCUCGCGGGUGUCCUCGAAGAGAUUUGCGCCGCUCUCGGAAAUGUAGUUCCCUUACUGCCCGACGAGCCCGCCAAGGCUCUGGAGAACGCGCUCGCUCAGGUUGCCGAGACGGCGACGGAGGCUUUGGAGCCGGUGAUGAGCGCGGCGCACGCGGAGGUACACAAGAGGCUCGCGUCCAUGCACAAGGAGGACUGGGCCGGCGGCGACCCGCCGAUGGGUGAAGGUUGCUCGACGUACAUGACUCAGGUCAUCGACGUCGUCGCUCACGUCUCGGAGGAGCACUUAUCCGGGGUGAGGCAGGGUUCUCUGCUCGGUCACGCCUCGUCGAGCUCCAAGGGAGCCUCGGGCUUUGUGCCGUCGACGAUUGCCGCGGAGGCGCUCGCCCGACGUUGCCUCGAGCUGUUCGUCCGACACGUUUCCCUGCUCCGCAACCUGGGCGAGAACGGCAAGCUUCGCCUCACCAAGGACAUGGGCGAGCUCGAGCAGGCUGUUUCGGCGUACCUCGUUCCGGCGACGAGCUCGCUGGGAGACGCGUACAAGGCUCUGAGGGCCCUGCGACCGUUUCUGUUUUUGUCGCUCGAUGAGGUGGCAUCGAGCGCGCUCGUCGAGGAUAUUCCCGCGGCGAACGUCCUUCUGCACCUGUAUUCGCACGCGCCGAAGGAGAUGGCGACGCCUUACGAGCGUGCCGGACUCGCGCCGCCGCAGUACAGCGCCUGGCUCGACAAGAACUCAGACGCCGAGGUGUGGGCCGGGGUUAAGGGAACGCUCGAGGCGUACGAAUCGCAGUGCAAGACAAGGAGAGUCACUCCGCAUGCGGCGGUGGACGUUAUGAGACUAGUAGGAAGCAGAGCGUUCGAGAAGAGGCGAAGCUGA